AUUCACUUUAGUUCGUCUGGUAAUUAUUUUGUCAGUAGUGUGAACUUGGCUGCCAAGCUGUCUCUUUUGUCUCCCAUGUGUUUCUUUUUAGUCCACUAGACUGAAUAUUCUAACAUCUCAAUCAUGCUCAAAUUGACUGGUUGAGGCCUGUUCAACUUGGUUACCGAGUCUGACUCUGUUUCCUCGCAGUUUCUGAAGUCACCAUCUAUAUCGUUUGUGAAGUUGAUUGAUAUAUUCUUCCUCAUAUAUGUUAAAUAUCCCAUUCACUUCACUUGUAAACACCUAAACAGAUUCUGAAGUUUCAAGUAUGGUGCCAAGCAUGGAGGAGCCCCUUGUUGCGAGCAACACUGAGAAGACACAAGGGCCAGGACACAGCCUUGUGGUGAUUGAGGUCAAGAAGCAGCUUUACCUUGCUGGCCCUCUCAUCGCCGGAGGCCUCCUACAGAACGUCGUCCAGAUGAUAUCUGUCAUGUUUGUCGGUCAUCUCGGCGAGCUUGCUCUCUCCAGUGCCUCCAUCGCCACAUCCUUUGCCGGUGUCACCGGCUUCAGCUUGCUGGCAGGCAUGUCGAGCAGCUUGGACACACUGUGUGGGCAAGCCUUCGGAGCAAAGCAGUACCAUCUUCUUGGUAUCUACAAGCAGAGAGCAAUCUUUGUGCUCACUCUGGUGAGUGUUGUGGUUGCUGUAAUCUGGGCCUACACCGGCCAGAUCCUUCUGUUCUUCGGCCUGGACCCAGAAAUUGCCAUGGGAGCAGGGACUUACAUCCGGUGGUUGACUCCAGCAUUGUUUGUGUAUGGACCGCUUCAAUGCCAAAUCCGGUUCCUGCGGACACAAAACAUUGUCCUCCCAGUGAUGCUGAGCUCUGGUGUCAUGGCCCUGAGCCAUGUCCUGGUUUGCUGGUUGCUGGUUUACAAGCUUGGCCUGGGCAACAGUGGUGCUGCCUUGGCCAAUACCAUCUCUUACCUGGUCAAUUUUUUAGUCUUGGCUCUCUAUGUCAGGUUCUCUCAAUCUUGUAAGAACACAUGGACAGGGUUAUCAACGGAGGCAUUUCAUGACAUCCUUAGUUUCUUGAGGCUCGCCGUUCCAUCUGCUCUGAUGGUUUGUUUGGAGUGGUGGUCAUUCGACCUCAUGGUACUUCUUACUGGAUUUCUCCCAAAUCCUAAGCUCGAGGCGUCAGUAUUGUCCAUCAGUUUAAAUACGGUUGUGUUAGUAUUCAGGAUCCCCUCUGGGCUUGGUGCAGCUAUAAGCACCCGUGUCGCAAAUGAGCUUGGUGCUGGGCGACCGCAUGCUGCCCGCCUAGCUACCCGUGUGAUCAUGGCCCUGGGUGUCGUGUCAGGCGUAUCACUCGGUCUUCUUGUGAUUUUAGUGCGCAAUUUGUGGGGUUAUGCAUACAGCAACGAGGAGGAAGUGGUGAAGUACGUUGCCAGAAUUAUGCCCAUUCUUGCCGUCACAUUCUUGUUUGAUGACCUGCAGUGUGUUCUUUCAGGUAUUCUUAGGGGUUGUGGCUUCCAAAAGAUUGGCGCCAUCAUCAAUCUCAGUGCAUACUAUCUUGUUGGCAUUCCGGCAGCUUUAUGUUUUGCUUUUCUCUACCACUUUGGUGGAAUGGGAAUGUGGCUCGGAAUAGUCUGCGGGCUUGUUGUGCAGGUGCUAUUGCUCUUGUUCAUUACCUUGUCCACCAACUGGGAGAAAGAAGCUUUGAAGGCGAAGAACAGAGUUUUCGGUUCGUCCCCACCUACAGACUCGACGACAUGAGACGUGUAGGACGCACAAUAUUCUUGGGAAAUUUGUCCAAGAAGAUGUGCAGGGAGACAACGAACCCAUGAAGAAUUGGGCUCUAUGUAAACUGCUUCGUCUCGAUGCACCAGCAUGGCACUUUCUUCAAUGAAACAUCUGCAAAUGAGCUUCCAAUGCGGCAUGGCACUUGAUAAGGGAAUAAGAAUGUUUAUUCUACUAUAAUCGACCUUAUGGAUCCAGGGUUUCCUUGGAGGAUUUACCAGACCAAUUUCUUCAUAAAGAUUAGAAUGGCCAAGGACCUAGGUUCCCUGUGAGAAUUGCAUAUACUUGGUUCUCUUAUUGUAUAUUUGAAGGAUGCCAACACAAGUGAUUAAUUAAGGGUCACUCAUAACCUAGAAAUGGAACCAGUCAAAUGUUCAGUAAAACAUGAAGAGAUGUUUAAACUUUGUAUAUAUGUUCUUCAGACCCAAAAAUGACGAAAUCACUGGAGGAGAGAUUAAUUCUGUUA